AUGUCUAAAAUUAUAGCUGUAUUUGGUGCAACAGGCAACCAAGGAGGCUCAGUGCUUCGUUCGUUAGUAAAAAGAGAUUGUUAUCAUUUGAAAGCAGUAACUAGAAAUAUCAAGUCACAGAAAGCAAAAGAGCUUUCUGGUCUUAAAAAUGUCACAUUAGCAGAGGCUGAUUUAGAUAAUAAAGAAAGUGUAGAUUUUGCUUUGAAAGAUUGCUAUGUUUUUAGUGGUUUGGAAAAUGUCGAAUCUCAAAUCAAUGAACCUUGUUUACAUUUUGAUUACAAAGCAGCCAUUGAAGACUAUGGUAUAAAACAAAAAGAUAAAAUCCACUUUACUUCAGUUCGAAUGCCAAUGUUCUAUCAAGAGGUCAUUGGAACUGUAUUUAAUAAAGCAUUUGGAAAUAGAUUUUUACUAAAUAUACCAAUGGACAGAGAAAAAAAGAUUUAUCUGAUGAAUGUUGAUGAUUUGGGUAAUUGUGUUGCAAGUGUUUUUGAUGAUCCUGAACAGUACAAAUCACAAAUCAUUGGACUUUGUGGAGAUUACAUGAAAAUCCAAGAUUUAAUACUACUUUUGAACCAGGAGUUGUCACCCCUCAAAGUUUAUUUUCCAGGAGGUUCGUUUAACAGAUUUCUCUUUAAGAAAAUACUAAAAUUUCCUGGUGCUAAUGAUAUUCGUGUUAUGUUUGAUUACUACAAUCAUCAAAUCAUGAAGCGUGAUGCUGACAUAACAAAAAAGCUCAAUCCUGAUGUUGUUAAUUUUGCUACUUGGCUAAAAAAGAAUCGUACUCAAAUUAUUUCUAAUAAAACUGCGUAA